AAAAUAUAGAGGCAAUUUGAAAAAUUCCUUCCACGUUACAAAUUUCCGUAGCUUUGAACUUAAAUAAUUCAAAAAUUUCAUUAAAAAAUCAGCGGCUUCAUAAAUGGGGUAAAUGAAUACGGAUGAUCCACCGCUCACGGUAGCAAAUUUUUCAAUCCCUUCGACUCAGUAAGCCCUUCCAUGGGACCGACAAAUUUUUAAAAAGAAGUUAGCAGAAAACAGAAAUAAGAGUUGGAAUGGAGUUUCCAACUGAAUUUGCACGGACCCACAGUUUGCACGCUUGCUCUGCGCUAUUCCCCUCUCUUUGUGCUUGUUCAAUUGCAGAAUUCUCGUGUUUACUAACCGUUGUCACGAAGCACUGUAUUUCCCCCUUCCCCUGCAUAUAAAUCCUUCAGAAUUGAUACCGCCUAUCAUGGAACAGAAUUUUGUUUCUUAGCUGUUCACAGCUUAUUAUAAAAUAGAAUUCAGUUCCUGCAUUUAUUGCUCACCAUUUCUAUAGGAGGAGAUCACCGUGAUUUAGUGGUCAGCGUUUAUAUGUUAUUAUCCUUCCAAAUUUUAAUCUCCGGUGGACAAGGAGAUUUAAGGGAUUUCCUGAUUUGUGUACCACCGCCAUGGUAGUCUGUAAAUGCCACAAGGCUCUGCUUACCCAUUUUUUAAAAUUGGGUUUAUGAUAAGGCACUUUUAGCUGUUUAGAGCUUCUCUCGAAUUUGUUAUUAAUUGAUCAGGCAACAAAGCUGUAUUGCUUUGUACACAAGAUGCCUGUUUGUGGGGAUUGCCUUUGCCAGCCAGAACACAGUACAUGUGAGAUAAAAACAUAUUCAGAGUGGGUUGUUGAUGGCGAUGGGGUCGAUGAGUUGUCCCCCAAGUGUAGCUUAUGCUCAGAAAAUAUAUGUGCUACUCACCCUGUUAUUCGGCUAAGCUGCUUGCAUAUUUUACACACAGGUUGUUUGCUUGAUCUUUUGCAAAGCCCCCCUUCUGAAAAGGGGUAUACAUGUUCUUCAUGUGGGUCACAGAUAUGGCCUCCAAAUAAGCAUCUGGUGAAUUCCAGCUCUGCACUUUGUAAGAGAAUUGAGGACCUUCUUGUUCAGAGUAUAAAAUUGAACAUGAAUUCUGAGGCAUUGUUACCAUUACGUUCAGAAUCAUCAUUGAACUCGACAGACAAGUGUAAUGAUGAAAAGUUUCUGGUGCCUAAUCUAGCACCUGAAGUGACAGUUCCUAUUCCAGUGACAUCUCUUGCAACAUUACAUGGGGACCAGCCUAUACUCCAAAUGUUGGUAAAAAAUAACAUUCACAGUGAGAGAAAUUUCUCAGCAGAAAAUGGGAAAAAUAUAUCAAUAUCAAGUAGAGUGAUCGAUAUUGAACCUGCAAAUUCUAUCUCAACAGAAUUUGUUGCCAAAGCUGUUGGAAGCCCAAAGCUUUCUAAACUGCUAUCCCGGAAACUUUCUAGAAAUGACAGGAAAACUAAUGAAUUUCGUUUUGAAGAUGAUACUGAUAAAGGGGGCAAGUAUACACCAAGAGGUUCUCAAAUAGAAUCUAUGGAGUCUUUGUUGCAAAGCAAUUCACCAAAAAAAAUGAUUCUUCCUGUAACAGCACCAACACAAUACAAAGAAACUGAUUCUCACCUGAAUGAUUUAAGUAAUGGGCGGUUUCGCAGAUACAGACCUACUGCAUCACUUGACCCAAGGAAAAUCCUUUUUAUUUUUGCAACACUCUCCAGCAUGGGAACAAUGAUACUUAUAUAUCUUACCCUGACAGUUGGUAAAAUGGACAAAAAUCUUUUACAAGUAGAUGCGCAAUGAAUCACUCCUUGCAAGACUCAUGCAGAACGAUUGUGGACAUGCAUGCAUCAUAUAUUUCAAUCAGUCCUUAUGGGAUAAUUAGUACGAUGGAUUGUUCAGAUGAUGUUCACAGGAGAGGAAACACAAUCUAUCAAUGUGAUUCAUUGAAUCGAUGUACAUAGAUGUAUAUUUGGCAAAUGAGCAGCAAAAGAGAUGAAGUAUAGCUUCAUUCGCGGAUUUGUAUUCACAUGAUAGACUGAUUUCAACAAUUAGUGUUUUAUUGCUGUGAAAAGAAAUUUUGUUAGGGAAAAACAUUUAUUUUAACAUUUUCUAUGCUGGAAUCACUGCAUUAUUGGGGAGGCAAUUGUUUUCAUCUAUGAUCUAUCAAAUAUACAGGAAAUAACUUGAGUUC